AUGUUCCAGCCUCUGAGGUGUCCCCUAACCGCCGCACCUCUCGUGGCUUGUCAACCCUUGUGCCGACGAUUGAGCGCGCACCCCGAUGCGCCUUCUUUUCUCCCAAGCAUUUUCGCGCUUCUGUCCGGCCUGGAAUAUGGUCUCCGAAAUGAAACCCUGCAUACAUGGUUCUCCACGUCCAGCGGUGCGGACGCACGCUGGCAAACAUUUCGCGCUCGAAAUAGACUUCUGAGAUGA